UGUUAAUCUUUAUUCACCAUAGAAGAAUGGGAACCUGAUUUUGUGAUCGAAAACCCGCAAGUUAUUCCUGUGGAAGAAAGUUCUGGCCUGGUAACUCUCACCAUUGAAGAUCUGCAACAAAACCAUAAAACAAAUCAACAUUGCUUUGAAAAUCUGGUUUUGACAGAUGAAGAAAAAAGACUUUUAGCCAAGGAUGGUUUGGAGUUACCGACACACCUUCCCCUCACAAAGUCUGAAGAACGAGCACUGAAAAGAAUCCGCAGAAAGAUCAGAAACAAACAAUCUGCUCAGGAGAGUCGCAAAAAGAAAAAGAAUUACAUCGAUGGCUUGGAGAGUCGAGUUGUAGCAUGCACCGUUCAAAAUCAGGAGCUGCAGAGGAAAGUGCAGCAUCUUGAAAGCCAAAAUAUGUCUCUAAUAGAACAGCUAAGGAAGCUGCAAGCAUUGGUUAAGCAAACCACAACCAAAAGUGCUAACAUCAGCACAUGCAUAAUGGUGUUCCUGUUGUCUUUUACACUUAUCAUUUUUCCAAGUAUCAACCCUUUUGGUGCAAAGCUGGGGCCCCAGGAUGAAUCGUAUAGUGUUCUUUCCAGGACUUUACUUGAUAGUGAAUCAUCUCACAUACGCGUGGUGUCAAAAGUCUACAAUCCAGAUGUUAAUCCAGACAUAACAGAAAAGAAUCCAGGCUUAGACAGAGAAAUUCCUCAAACAUUAUUGUCAGGAAGUCAGAACAGCACACCUGAAGCUUCUGACUUGGCAAUCAAAUCAACACUGAACAUCAAUUCCUCUUCAGACAUGGAUAGAAUAGUGAAGACUACUGUCCAAGAUGACACAAGCCUGGGCAGGGCAGCAUCGGGAAAUGAUAAAGGUGGUGGCUAUGGUAUCUCUCCUUCAGCGGUGAACGCACCAAACUGGACAGAGCACACUGCAACAGUAAUCAUAAAAGCACAUCCACGGUCAGAUGAAAUGUAGCAGAGUGUUUCCUGUCAAUGAAUUGUACAUAAUUUGUUUUUGAAAUGGAGGAGUAAAAUGAACGUAUGUUUUUCAUGUAGAUACCGUGGAAGUUUGUUCUUUGAAUUACUUAAUAAGUAAAAGAAACUCAGCAUCAUUUGCAGGAAUGGGUUGGCAUUUUUUUUUAUUUCUAAUAAGUUGCAUUGUCUCAUUAGUGUGAUAAAGUGGCAGUUACCAAAAUCCUGUUUUGUAGCCAGUGUAAAUGAUUAAAUACUGCAGUAUCAUGUCAUGGGUUCAUAAGUUUGUCUAACCUUUAUUUAGAAACAUCGUUCUAUAUUUUGAACAUGUGUUUCCUGUUUCCUCCCUUCUCAAGAUCCUCUGAGAAGUAGCCUCUCCAGUUUCUGUGCUACUGAUUCAUCAUGUUGUAUUACUCCAUUUGAAACACAGCACAUAUUAAAAUGUUUCUUCGCCAUUA